AUGCGCAAAUUUCUGCUAUUGAUACUGAAAUUUUGUGUGUUUCUUCGAGAAACGCUUGCCGAUCCCGAAUUGCUCAAUGUGCAAGUGAUAUUUCGACACGGCGCCCGAACGCCGACCGUUCGUUUCAAAGCGGCGAUUGUCCCCAGGGAAUACGAGAAAAAGCCGAUCGGAGCACUGACUACGCGAGGUCUCCGGCAACAGUACGAGACAGGUCUAAAGCUGAAAUCGAGAUACAUAGACAAGUAUCGUCUCGUGUCGAAAUCUUUCAAUCAAUAUGAGACUCUUGUCCUUUCCGCGAUGGACGAUCGUUGCUUGCAAUCCGCUGUCGCUAAUAUGGCCGGUUUCUUCAGUAAUCCUGAGUUAGGAGAGGAUUGGCCUUUUAAUUGGAUGCCCGUCCCCAUUCACACAGGAACCUAUCCGGAUCGAAUUUUCGAGCCAGGUCAAGGUUGCCCGCGUUACACUCAAACAAAAGACGAGCGAACACAAUUACCGGCUUUUAAAGAAUUUGAAGAACAAUAUCAGGAAAUUAUCACGGAUUUUGUCGCGAAUACGGGUGAGAAAUGGAGAAGCUUAUUCGAGCUGAACCCGUUCGUUGACGCGAUGGUUUGUGCGAAAGAGCACAAUUUGACGUUUCCCGAUUGGCUGACGCUUGAGCGCUUGACUGAGGCCAGAUGGGCGCUCAAUAAAAAUUUCGAUUAUCGAUGGGGACACGAAUUGAACGGUGAACGAAACGAGCUCGUCGUCGCGCUCCGAGCCGGCCCAAUGCUUAAAGCGUUGAUCUCAAAUUUCACUCAAAACUCCACCCACAAAUAUACGGCCUAUUCAGCGCAUGAUUCAACCCUAUUAGCCGUUUUGACAGCACUUGGGAAACGGACACAAUACGACAUUUUGGAGAACGAUUGGCCUGAUUAUGCGGCGACAAUGGUUUUCGAGCUGUGGAAAAUGGAUGAUGGGCAAUUGAGGGUUAAGUUCCUCUACUCGUACAACUCGGUUGACCCGAAAUUCCACGAUUUCACGAACACAAUCGAUGGAUGCCCAGAUGAAGGAAUGUGCCCGGUGAAGAAUAUCAUAAUGAGCCUCAAGAAGUUUAUCCCGAAAAAUAUGGAUAUGGCUUGUGCAGUAAAAGAUCAAAAAGGAAUGCUAAAAAAGACGCUUCACGAGCCGCGCCGUGUCCCUCAUAUACAAGUGUUCGAG